GAAAUAUUUUCUUAUCUUGCAUAACCAUCUACUUAUCAACAUUUCGUCGGCUCGGCUUAAGCGGGCUAAGACACACACCUAUUAUAUUUCCUCACCUCUUGACGUGAGAUCUAAACCGAGAUCCGUAUAUUUGUCUCACUUUAAUAUCCAUUGCUGCCCCUUCUUCCAUCAUGGAUAAGCUCAUCAGUCCCGUAAAUGACUCACCGCAUUCUUCGAUCCACGACGUCCACCUCUUUGUGGACAUCUGGUCAUCUAGACCGACUAUGGUGAUCCCUUGAUGAUGGCAACAGUAGAAUGCCACAAAUGUCCCACUCAAGUCCUCCUAGGCAACCUAGUAGCAAUUACCUACCUAGUAGUACCUAGUAGGGGCACAGCUUCCCAUUGUUAAACAUGGACUAACAUCGAAGCCCUUACCCCUUUCCAAUUAGAAAGAUCUAUCUCUGGUUUAGCCCAAGCUUUAUCCCCCCCACCUGCAACCUGCGAGGACCCUGAAAAUCCCUCGAGUUCCUUCACCGGCGAUUCGAUUGCAAUACACUUCUUAAAACCUCUUUACUAUACCUCCCGUGUUUGACAGUUACUUCACACAUCAAUCAACCUACCCGGACCUCCACGUCGGUCUGUUGUUGUCAUGAUGGGUUCCCUCCCGGACCCUGCCUCUCCUCGCCAGCCCCUCCAUGAAGUGAUACCUCCCCUGAUCUUAGGCACGGCGACAUUCAACACACAAUAUGUUGCGAACCCGUUCGAUCUGCCCUCAUUAUCCAUCGUAUCUCGCGCCCUCGACCUAGACGUUAAGGCUUUCGACACUUCACCGUAUUAUGGGCCCUCGGAAAUCAUCCUGGGCAACGCACUUGCACACCCAUCCAUCACUUCCAAGCAUCCACGCUCGUCUUAUUUCCUUGUGACAAAGGCGGGGCGCAUCGAGGGCAAUGUGUUCGACUACAGCCCUUCUUGGGUACGAUAUUCGGUGUAUCGAAGUUUGGAGAGACUACACACCCCGUACCUAGAUUUAGUUUACAUGCAUGAUGUCGAAUUCAUGCCACCGCAGGAAGUAUUGACCGCCGUACGAGAGUUACGUCGUUUGAGGGACGAGGGCGUCAUUCGUUACGUAGGAAUCAGCGGAUACCCUGUCGAGAAACUAUGCGCGCUUGCGGAAAUGAUUAAUACAGAGACGAAAGAGCCGCUCGAUGCUGUGCUUAGUUACGGUCACUACACGAUACAGAACACUACUUUGGGGAGCUCAGCUAUAGAACGAUUCGAGCGUGCCGGCGUGGAUGUUGUUUUGAAUGCUAGUAUGCUAAAUAUGGGCUUACUGACUACGAGGGGCGCCGAUGCGGGGCCGAUGGCCUCGUGGCAUCCGAGUCCAGAGCCCCUGAGAAAGGUGUGCCAAGAUUUGGUACCCAUCGCCGUUGAUGCGGGUGAGAAACUAGAAGUCGUCGCGAUCCGAUGGGCACUUGACAACUGGUCACGAGUCGGUGCUACCAAAGGUGGCCGUAAUCCCAAAUUACCUGCUGGCCAACGAGUCGGCAUCAGCGUCAUGGGAAUUUCAAGCCUUGCCGAGUUAGAAGAGACUUGUCGGGUUUUCCAAAGCGUGAUGGAAGGACUCGAAGAAGAGAGUCUUGACACGGAGCAGGCAAGACGGAGGCAAUGGAGUUUGGAUCGACGCCAGAAGAUACAAGAUCUGGUAGAGAAGAUGUGGUUAGUUCUAGGACAGUGGAAAAACUACAGCUGGAACAGCCCAGAUGCUGGGUUCGUCAACGAGAGAAAGCCUACUGAGAUUGGGCUGACGCCUGACGAUGGUAUUCUCACACAGUAUGCUGCGAAAUCACAUGUCAGUGUGAAGGUUGAGGAGUUGCCAGCAGUUGCUACAUAGUAACCCUAUCAUUACAGUAAACGAGUAUGUCGGAUGUCGGCACGGCCCUUGGAAGUAUUAGAACUUUCCACUCGAGGCUUUGCCUUCUUACUCCCUCCUCCUAUCAUAAUAUUAUAGACUAGGUACCUCUAAUUCAGAAACAAUAUUUCCACUUGAUUGACCAAAUUUCAUAAUCUCU